GGUAAUUCUGUUUAUCAGUUUGAUAGAAACUUUCAUAUUCUACAGUCCCUACUUAAACCCGUGGUUAAUCAAAUAAUUAAACCUCUGCUAGCAUCAAAAUUUUCAAAAUCGAAAAACAUCAUAAGCUCCUAAUGGAAAAGGAAAACUUAUAUCCUGAAAUGUCAACUUAUGAACAUUUGCAAAAUGCGCCUCCAAACUACAAUCAAACUUAUCCCGAAAUGAUGCCAUCAUCAGCAGGUGUUCCACCAUCAGGAGCCAUGAUGCAAAACAUCCCAAUUCAGGGACAACAGCCUCAAUUACAACCCAUUACAAUUCAAAAUAUUCCACCAAUUCCACCACUUGGACCACAUCCUUGUCUCGUUUCAUGUCCAAGCUGCUAUCAAAAGAAGAUGACCAUUGUACGCCCGGAAGCUGCCACAAAAACUCAUCUAUUUGCAGCUGUUUUAUGUCUGGUUGGGUUGUGUUGCUGUGUUUGCGUUCCUUAUUUUGUUGAUAGCUGCAAAAAUGCCAACCAUUAUUGCAGCAAUUGCGGUGCAUUCUUAGGAACUUACAACAAGUAAAUUGCCAUGCUGCGUGACAAGGAGCAGAAAAGGAUGUUGAGAGUUUUUGUGUGUUUUUUUUUCAAAAGUUAACCAUGACCUUAAGUGAAAAUUGUAACGUGACGGAAAAUUGUGAGUAGGUUCAACAUGUUUUAUAACAAAAAAUCAAUUUUCAAGAUCAUGCACUAAGAGACAUGAAAUUUUGUACAUUUUUCUAAAGAUUGGCAUAUUUUACAAUGAUUCUGAUUCUAAAAAAUAAAUCUUAUUUCGAUUAUUUUAAAACCUAAAAAAACAUGGUUUUUGUUUAUAAAAGAACGAAAAAAUCAAUAAAUCGUGUUGAUUGUGGGUUUUUUUUUGUUUAAGUGAGAUAACCUUUCGACCCUUAACAAACAAGAUUAUUAAUUAAGCAUAAAAUCAUGAUUUUGUGUAAAAUGUAUUUAAUUGGAUGGUUUCAUUUAGAUUAAGAUAUUUUGCUACACUAUAUUUAUCCGUUGUAUAGUUGUUUGUUGAGUCAUAAAAGUUCCCCGCAAGUAA